AAUGGCGCUUAACAUCUGUCAGAUGCGUUGUCUCUCGCAGUCGUUGGGCUAUGGCACUCCGGGUAUGACAUUUAAUCCCUCGAGCUGUCAUCGACUGCUGCCAUAAGACUCAUUUUGGCUCUGGCUGCCUGUACUGCUGCUGUCUACUAGACACCAUCUGUCUGGUUCUUCUUAAGCUGCUCCUGCUUCUCCUCUCCUCGUCCGACUUUCUUCUCUCUUCAUAUCACAACGUUAUUGGAAUCCGACUACUUGAAUCACGACCGAACCCAUAAUAAUCCCCACAUAUCACCGAAACAUGGCCGCCGUUCAGACCACCCCUCACUUUUCGAAUCCAAUGCAUUGUGCCGCCCUCGGACAGGACGAUCUGCCAAAGUCCGGCUUUUUCAGACGCCUGUCACAGUGGUUCUGGCCAGUGGCAUACUACAAAAGCGACUACGACGAGUACAACGUUACGAGUCCUCCCAGAAUCGCCCCGGAACAUUCUGCAUCUCCGCUGUUUGAUAUCAGCCCGGGACUACAGACACAGUCCGAUGCAGAUGAUACGAACUCACCAUGCAAGACUUGCCGGAUGGCCGGAAUACCCUGCGAUGGCCAACGACCACAUUGCUCGCAGUGUCUUAGUGAACAGACACUUUGCUUCUAUGUGGACCCGCUCAGGGUAUCUAAGAAGAAGCGGAAGCAGUCUACGGCUGCGCAAUCUCGUGUAUUGCCCAGUCUCAGUGAAGACGAAGAAGAAGUCUCGUGUGCUUCGUGAGUUUGUGUGUCCCUGGCUGCUCAAUCCCGUGUAUUGCCUAGACCAGUGGAGAUAAGGAAGCCUCGUGUGCUUCAUGAUUUUGAUUUAUUUCAGUAACGAUCAGACGAAAACUUGGGAGGAUAACUUGGCGUUUUUUUU